AUGAAGACUGGGCGCACGCCUGCGAGCCUUCCUAAGAUCAGGCCCACCCUCAAACCCGGCGCCGUUCUCAUCCUCCUCAGCGGGAGCUACAAGGGGAAGCGCGUCAUCCUCCUCAAGGUGUUCAAGGAGAGCGGUCUCCUCUUGGUCACUGGGCCGUUCCUUUUCAACGGUGUGCCGCUCAGGAGGGUCAACCCGCGCUACGUGAUUGCGACCUCCACCAACAUUUUCGAAAUGGAAGAGGUCGGAGGUGCGCGUUGCCAGGCCGCCGUUGAGGAGGCCGUUGCGUCCCUCACCGACAAAUCGUUCGGAAAGACCAAGGAAACCAGGAUGGCGGAAUUCAAGGAACGCAAGAAGCGCAACAAGGGCGCCAUGUUCGUCGACAACGCCGACGCCGAAAAGGUAGCUGAGGAAACCAAGUUGAUGAUAAAGGAAAAGCAAGACAAGGUUGACGGUGUGCUCGCCCCCUUCCUCAAAAACUCACCAAUACUCUGCCAGUACCUCAAGACGAGGUUCACGCUCCGCAGCGGCAUGUACCCGCACAAGCUGAAGUUCUGA